AUGACUACUCACAACUUUUCGAUAGAAGACUUAGCAUUGUCAUUAAUCGUUAGACUGGAUAGAAGAAAUAUUUUCCCACCAUCGUAUAAUAACCCAGAAACAUUUAUUCCUUCAUCCGAUAAUUUAACGAAAUUAUCGUUCCGACGCCCAAAGCGGUGUCCAAACGCCUUCUUGCUUUGUAGGAAAAAUGUUCAUGAAGAAUCAAACCGCAAAGGAACUUCAAACAUGCGUGUGAUAAGUAAGGUUACCAGCAUUUUAUGGAAAAACGCUUCGCCUGAAGAAAAAGAUGUUUAUAAAAAGUUGGCAGAUCACGUUUACGAAAUUCAUUACAGAAGGAUUUCUUCAAUUUAUAAAAAGUUUACCUCGUCCCCAUCUUCUUCUUUGAAAGAAGGAGAAUCACCUUCCUACAGCCCUUACUCUUUACCUCUACGACUAUCGAAAGUAACAGCGACAGCAAUAGCCCCUUCAACAAGUACACCUUUACAAAAUCUUAAUCCUUACCCGGAAUUUCAUGGGCAGCUUAUUGCUCCUCAAAAUGAUCAAAUAUAUUUUUACAAUAACGUUUUUGACACACAAUCAAAUUUUUCCAUGUAUUAA